CGGCCACUUCCUUUUCCGUUCGGCGGCCAUUUUGUUUUUCAGUGUUUUCUUGUGACCUGAGGAAGGAGAGGAGGAUGUUUCCCUUGGCUAGAGGCGCGCUGGGCCUGGCGGCUCGUAACAUCCAGCGUACAGCAGUGAGGCAAGCUCACCAUAAGCAUGAGCCUGAUUUUCAUGACAAAUACGGCAACCUGAUUCUAAUUGGAGGAGCAGCCUUCUGCGUCUCGAUUUGGAGCUACGUUGUAACGCAAACCGGGAUCGAGUGGAAUCUGUCUCCUGUGGGCCGGAUCACGCCCAAACCAUGGCGAGAGGAGUAAAGAUGAUCUUCACAUGCUUCUAAAAAGAUGGGAAGAGUCACGGACUGGUUUAAAAUUUCAUUGGGAUGUUCCCACCAUACGCCUAAGGCGGCACAGUUCUCUAUAUUAUUCAUGAUGUAAUAAAAAAUAUUUAAAAUUAAA